UUGAAGGCCAUCACUGACGAACGACUGAAAAUCGUAAAAAUUGACCUUGAAAAUGACCAGUCAAUCAAGGAUGCUUACGCUCAAUUGAUUCAACCAAGCUCUGUGGUGGAGAAGAUUGUAGGAGAUCGUGGGCUGAAUCUUCUAGUGAAUAAUGCCGGUGUUAUGCCGUCGUAUUCUACCAAUGGGUUAAUUUCCAGAGAAACAUUGGCAAAGUGCAUUAAUAUAAACACGAUUGGCACGACCAUUGUCAGUCAGGUUCGUUCUUUUAUUUCACUUUUCUUCUUUUUCUUUGCGCAUAGAAUCACGAGUGCCAAGGCGGUGCCAGCGCAGCGCCAAUGCCGUCCAUUGAUUCAUACGUGUGGUGUGGACGGAGCAUCGGUGCCAGCGCUGACUUUCCUACCCCUUUUGAAAAAUGCCUCUGCUCGAGUUUCCGAUGAUCACCAGGGUAUCGAUCGAGCUGCAAUCAUAAAUAUAUCUAGUGGUUACGGCUCCAUCAGCCAGAACAACGACGGGUCAGGUUCUUCAGGUGCUCUUGCCUACAAAAUUAGUAAGGCGGGUGUCAAUCAGCUCGGGAAAACGAUGGCUAUAGAUUUGGCCGGCGAUAAAAUAAUUGUGACGCAGUUUCAUCCGGGUUGGCGCCCUGCACAUCUUUCCGUGGAGGACGCGCAGGAGGAACCAAGGGCCUAG